GCUUCGGUUGCACUUUCGGAGUGUCUUUCCCUUCAAUGGCAUGAUGCCGAUGGCUACCCUAUGUUGCUUUUCGGUACCUGGCCCGACUCCUCAAGUCGGGAAAGAUAUUCUCUAGGCGAGACCGAGUCUCUGGAAGUUCUUCCGUCACAAACGACCCUUUUAUAGGGCGAGUAACGACACUUUAACGAUCUUUUCAAAAUUCAUUAAAAUUCAUUGAACUUGAGGAUCACGACGCGAAGAAACUUUCCCAUUAGCAUUUUUAGCAUUUGCAUUCAUUAGGGGGUUUAGAACAUCUGGCAACUGGUCGAUUCAUCUUGGAGAUAUAACAUCUUAUGAGGCGUUUUUAGGGCAUCUUUUUCUUCCUAAACGUGGGUUCUUAUCGAAAUACUUCACGAUAUACGACAGAGAAAAGGUCAUCUGACUAGAUAAUGGGGUCCCCAAAUCAGGCCCGUCCAACGAUCGCCAUCAUCGGUGCUGGUAUCGGCGGUUUAGCCCUUGCCAUCGGCCUUAUCAAGCGCAAUGUGCCCGUCACCGUCUACGAUGCAGCUGAUCAGUUCUCUACGGUGGGAGCUGGCAUUGGUUUAGGUCCAAACGCGUUGAAUGCUAUGGACCUGGUCGAUAAUGUGUUCCGAGAAAAGUAUGACGAGGUUAAGACGCAGAACGAGAAAUUGGAAUUCGAACAUAGCAUCUUCGACGCGUUGUAUGCCGAAGAGGGGUUUGGCGAAAAGCGGGGAUGGACACGCGGUCUCGUCGGAGCCCCUUAUUUCACACGAAGCAGUGCACAUCGCAAAGACUUAUUAGAGAUCAUGGAAAGCUUCAUCCCCGAAGGAUCUGUUAAGUUCAAAAAGCGCGCGGUAUCAUUCGAACAAGUGGAAAAGAAAGUACGCAUCAACUUCGCAGAUGGUACGUCGGAGACGGUUGACGCGGUCAUCGGCUGUGAUGGCGUGAAAGGACUUACCCGUCGAGCUGUCUUGGGCGAUAUUGCGCCAGAAGAAGUCCAACCGACAUUCAUGGGCAUGUAUAUCUACCGAGGUAUCAUCCCGAUGGCACGAGCAAAAGAGAUACUUGGAACCCAUGCUGGAGAUGCCAAAUUCUUUAUGGCUAAGGGAAAGGCUGUAGCUGCAUAUCCGAUAUCCCGCGGGCAAGAAAUGAACCUUGUAUUCUUCGUGACGGACAGCAAGCCUUGGACUCAGGGAGAUCAUGCUAUAUCAUGCACGAAGGAGGAGAUGGUUCAAGACCUAGAAGGGUUCGACCCUAAACUGCUGAAGCUCCUAGACUAUUGUAAACCUCUCAGGUGGCCGACUUGGCAUCAUCCGCAGACGUCAACAUACUAUAAUGGGCGUAUCUGUCUACUGGGUGACGUUGCGCAUGCCAGUAGUUCCCACCAGGCGGCUGGAGCCGGCCAAGGACUGGAAGAUGCGGCUGUGCUUUCUCAGCUUCUUACUCUUGUCAAAACACCCGAUGACCUCGAAACGGCUUUUCAAGUGUAUGACGCGAUUAGACGGCCGCGAGCGCAGGAGGUGGUUCGUACGAGCUUCGAGGCGGGACUCAUCUACACAUGGCAACAUCCGGAUAUCGGGGAUGAUAUGGAGGCCAUCAAGGACAACGCAAACCAAAGACUGCAUUGGAUCUGGCAGCAUGACCUUAAAGCCGACAUCCAGAAAGCCGAGGAUGAUUUCCGCAGGCUAUGCCAACGAUAAGAUUCGAGAAGCUGGGAGGCUCUGAUAUCAUCGAAUGUACGUAAACAGGCCAUGGGCAACCAUUCUGAAUACACCAUGAGCUAAUUGUCUCCUCUGCGUACGUAGUCACCCUUGGGGUAACGACUUAGAUUGGCUGUUUAUGAAUAUUACCUUAUACUAUACCCCAGCACACAUUAGCAUACCCCAAUAAUAUUAUAAUAUUUCAGCGCAUGCUACAUGCCUAGUACAUAAACAUGCAGAGGCUCUCUCCACGUCUUUUGCCCCUUCCAAGAUUUUCAUCCGCGAACAUCCGCGAGAAUGUAACUAUUCCAUGCCCCCUCCUUUCGGUCACAUGUUCAAGUAGUCGAGUCGUAGAUUUACAGUUCUAACCACAUACGUACGCUGCAUGUACUGAGCGGCCUGUGCCACACGGCUGCGGCACGCAAGUCAGAGAUACUACCGAAAAUAACGACG